GUCAGCGAGGAUAACAUGGAGCCGAGCAAGAUGGCGACUUCCAAGAGCGCUCCGAGAGAUGCCCUGGUGAUGGCACAGAUUCUGAAGGAUAUGGGGAUUACCGAGUAUGAACCCAGGGUUAUAAACCAAAUGUUGGAAUUUGCUUUCAGGUAUGUGACUACAAUUCUGGAUGAUGCAAAAAUUUAUUCAAGUCAUGCUAAGAAACCUAAUGUUGACGCAGAGGAUGUGAGACUGGCAAUCCAGUGUCGUGCUGACCAAUCUUUUACCUCUCCUCCCCCAAGAGAUUUUUUGCUGGAUAUUGCACGACAGAAAAAUCAAACCCCUUUACCACUGAUUAAGCCUUAUUCUGGGCCUAGACUGCCACCAGACAGAUACUGCUUGACAGCUCCAAACUAUAGGCUGAAAUCCUUGAUUAAAAAGGGACCAAACCAUGGAAGACUAGUUCCACGGUUAAGUGGUGGUGCUGUUAACAGCAGAUCUACCACUCCUAUGAUAGUGGAGAAUUAUAUUUAG